UUUAUGCCGUCACUGGUUGCCUCAAAAGGCCGUAAAUGUAGGUCUUUACAGUCUAUCAUAGGCUCACUUUCCCCAUCUAUCCCUUUAUUCUAGUUCCCUAAAAUGCCUCGUGCUACUAUGUAGUUAGCGGCCACCCUAGUGUCAUAUGGUUCCAUUUGCACGAGAAUGAAAUAGGAUACCGACCAGUUAGAUAUUGCUGCACAAACUUGUCAGGCAAUAUGGUUAAAAAUCCAACGCAACGCAGGGCUUCUCCUGCAAAAGGAAGGCAUGAUGCCCAUCUAGCAGACCAAAACAUGGGUUCUACAGUGCGCCGCAGCAGCAGACUCCAAUCGCUUCAGCAGGACCGUGCUUCUGAGCAACCAUCUCAGGCAAUACUAAGCCAUCCGCCCAUUUUUACUAUUGGUCACGGAACGCGCACGCUUCCUGAGCUUAUUGGGCUCCUCCAGUCCAUCCAUGUCACCAAGCUUGUAGAUGUUCGCUCUAUUCCGCGGUCGUUCACAAAUCCGCAAUUUAAUCAUGAUACCCUCCAGGACUCUGCAGAAUUAAACAAUGCCCAUAUCACCUAUUUAUGGUCUGGACCUUUACUGGGUGGGCGGCGUAACGCAAAACAACCGAACCUUGAUCAACACAAUACAAUCCGCGUCGCCGCGUUCCGAAAUUACGCAGGAUACAUGUGCACGUCGUCGUUUAAAGAGGGUCUGACCGAGCUAAAAAGCCUCGCAGAGAACUUGCAAAUUUCUGGCCAAGGGUGCCUUGCAAUUAUGUGCAGCGAGACGCUCUGGUGGCGAUGCCAUCGACGGAUGAUUGCAGAUAUACUAGUAACACAUGGGUGGAAAGUCCAGCAUCUGGGAGUUGGAAAGAAGCCAAUGGAACAUGAGAGGUGGGAAAUUGCAAGGGUUGGUGAAGAAGGAAACCUCGUGUACGAUGGGCAUGACAGCCGUUCGAAACGAAAAGCAUGUUUGACUUGAGAUCCACGCGGGAAGUGUCACCUUCGAACUGAUUCAAUGUUCUGCUGCCGCGAGUGACGAGGCGUUGAUUUGGUUGAUUUGAUCUAUGCUUACUAUCACACUUCCUCAGUCGCGAUACUGCUACGUUUUGGAAGGCUAGAUUAUCCUAUCUCAGUAUCGGCUUUCUAUGCUGCCGCUCGGUGCAUAUCAAAGGGCGUUAACGCACUACAAGGGCGGUUGCCCAGACUUCAAAUGUACGAAAACCCUUCGGAAACUACAACGAAUCUUCAACAGCGGCAUUAGUUCAUAGCUUGGACAAUACACUUCCCAUCUGCGAACUUUUCCAUCUGCAAUUUCUCUUGAACUGCUUAUGGCAUACCUACUCGCUUUUACAUAAACCCCUUACCUACGUUUACUGAAUCGUCGUAUAGCCAACCACCCACAGGAAACGAGCUUUAAACUGAUUUUAUACCGACAUCUGCAACACCCCUGGUCAUCCCGAAAAUCGAUGUCUCUCCUGAGCCAGAAAAUGCGGCAGCAACGAGCGAUCUGGAAAUUUAGGAAUCUUUCUUAGCUUUGUUAGGACUAUGAUGGUAUAGGAUAGUGCCUUUAGCUAAUAUGCUCUCUUAAGCCUAGUUUCCAUGAUUUUCUGAUGCGCUCGUUCAUUCUUUUGUUCAUUAUUAUGAGAAGACAUUGAAAUAUCAAGGAUCAGUCAAGUUAUUCCUCCUUAACUUUAAUUCCGCUUAUAUCCUUCACACUUGCUAAUCUUGGUUGCCUCCACACAAUCAUGGCAAGUGUCACAAAUUGCUAAACACUCAUAGUAUUUCUUUAUUAUCAAGUUUGAUAGAGAAUUGACUGUUGGCAGGAAAUGAAAUGAUUAUUAAACUAAAAAAAAUAUCAUGUUUAAUAGUCUAAAAAGUUGAGAAGAAUGCACAUUCCUUUACAAUUUCCAA